UUGAUCAUUCUGAGGAUUCGCUGCAUGGCUGCUUGCAUCUUUUUAAAUUUUGUUGUUGUUGUGUGCUUUUUUAGUGGACUCGCAAGUGGACAGAUGGUUGAAGAUGAAUUCUGCAUCUCUUUACUCCUCAUCGUCUCUGUCUACUGGCUGGCUGUUGAGCCGAGUGGUAAACAUGUGCAAAGAAGGAUGGCGGUGGAAUGGCUAAGUUUUCUUUUUAUCCAAUAAAAAUGUCUCUGUGCAAAGAUCAAUUGUUGUUGCUAGGAGACUGAAGCAUCCUUUGGCAGUGGGCUUCAGCUCACCACGUCUGUUUUUUCCCUCCUUCCCUCUCUCUUUUUCUCACUCUCUCUCUCUUUCUCUCUCUCUCGCCCUCUCUCAUAUACAACCACACAUUCUUCCUCCCUCACUCUGUCUCUCAGGGAACACACACGCACUCACUCACACACAGCGGCAGCAUCCUCUCUCUCAGCGUGACUCCUCCGGGGAUCGCAAGUAGACCCAGUCAAACUUCCAGCAGAGAAGGGAUUCACUACAAGACAACAUAAAGGUGAAGGGCGCCUCUGCCACUCCAGCGCCUUCAGCGGACCAACUACACAGCUUGAAGUGAAUUGCUCAAAAGACGGAAAAACACCUGUUGGAAAAAACACAACCAAAUAGAGCAGCAUACUGUAGCUUGGCUGCAAUGUAAUCUGCUGCACUUGGUGCACCAAGGUGGUCUACGCGUCAACCCUGCAUGGAUGCGUUCUCCUGCACAGCACUCCUGCCUCUUAGAGGACGAGAGGUUCCGGUGAUGGAGAAAAAAAAAGCCGGUGAAAUAUGAGAAAGCAGUGUGGUGAUGUUGCUACCUGCCAUCAGCCAUCUGCUCCGUUCCAUCUUCUCUCAGGACUGAUUUCCUCAUGGUGUGUCCCUCAACGUGCACCCCUCUUCCAGUCCCCCUUGACCGUUUCAUGGGCCACCAAGUGACCCCCGCCGUUCCACCCUUAACCCCUCACCCUUAACCUUCCACCACCUCACCCAGCCCCCCCCCCCCCCCCCCCCCUCUCCCCAUCUGACCCCCUACCGCCGAACACCCAACCAUGGUGGCCCGCGCUCUCGUGGUAGUGAUGAUGUGUCGAGGCGUCCUGCUGUCUGUGGGAGACCCGCCGUCGUCGCGCCGGGAGAUCCGCAUGGAAGGCGACCUGGUGCUGGGCGGUUUGUUCCCCGUGCACGAGAAAGGCGGCGGUGUGGAGGAGUGCGGCCGCGUCAACGAGGACCGAGGGAUCCAGAGACUGGAGGCCAUGCUGUUCGCCAUCGACGCCAUCAACCGGGACCGCCUUCUGUUGCCCGGCGUCACCCUCGGCUUGCACAUCCUGGACACGUGCUCGCGAGAUACCUAUGCACUGGAGCAGGCGCUGGAGUUCGUGCGCGCGUCGCUCACCAAGGUGGACGACUCGGAGUUCAUCUGUCCGGACGGCUCUUACGCGUUGCAGGACGACAGCCCCCUCGCCAUCGCCGGUGUCAUCGGCGGUUCCUUCAGCAGCGUCUCCAUACAGGUUGCCAACCUUCUCAGGCUCUUCCAGAUCCCCCAAAUAAGCUACGCGUCCACCAGCGCCAAGCUCAGCGACAAGACCCGCUACGAUUACUUCGCCCGCACCGUGCCGCCCGACUUCUACCAGGCCAAGGCCAUGGCAGAGAUCCUGCGCUUUUUCAAUUGGACCUACGUCUCCACGGUGGCGUCAGAGGGUGACUACGGCGAGACGGGCAUCGAAGCCUUUGAGCAGGAGGCCCGCAUGAGGAACAUCUGCAUUGCCACAUCCGAGAAAGUGGGGCGUUCUAACGCCAAGAAGUCCUACGAAGCCGUAAUCCGCCAGCUGCUCCAGAAGCCCAACGCCCGCGUGGCCGUUCUGUUCCUGCGCAGCGAUGACGCCCGAGAGCUGCUGGCCGCCGCCGCCAGGCUCAACGUUUCCUUCGUCUGGGUGGCCAGCGACGGCUGGGGGGCGCAGGAGAGCAUCGUCAAGGGCAACGAGGUGACGGCGGAAGGAGCCAUCACGCUGGAGUUGGCCGCCAACCACGUGCCGGACUUCAACCGCUACUUCCUCAGCCUGAAUCCCAAGAAAAACUUACGCAACCCCUGGUUCAGAGAAUUCUGGGAGCAGCGCUUUCAAUGCUCCCUAGGCGGUGGCGGAGGGGAGACGCCGCUGCCCCCGUGCGACGAGGACCUAUCCAUGGACGAGAGCAACUUUGAGCCAGAGUCCAAGAUCAUGUUUGUGGUGAACGCGGUGUACGCCAUGGCCUAUGCCCUGCACAAUAUGCAGCGCAGCCUCUGCCUCAACACCAGCACGCUGUGCGACAGCAUGAAGGCCUUGGAUGGCCGCAGACUCUACCGAGACUUCAUCCUGAACGUCAGCUUCACAGCCCCGUUCUCCCCCGCCGGCAGCGAGACGGCCGUCAAGUUCGACUCCCAGGGCGACGGCGUGGGCCGCUACAAUAUCUUCAGCUACCAGCACUCGGGCGAGCGCUACGCUUACGUGCCGGUCGGCGAAUGGGCCGAGAGUCUGAGUCUUAAUGGCGGUCUGAUUCAGUGGCCCAGGGAGGCGGCGCCCACCUCGCAGUGCAGCGACCCUUGCGAGCGCAACGAGAUGAAGAAAAUGCAGGCAGGCGAGUACUGUUGCUGGAUCUGCACCGCCUGCGAGCCUCAUGAAUACCUUGCCGAUGAGUUCACAUGCUCGCCCUGCGCUCCAGGUCAGUGGCCCACCGACGACCUGACGUCCUGCUACGAGCUCCCUGAAGAUUACAUCAUGUGGGAAGACGCGUGGGCCAUUGGGCCCAUUACCAUCGCCUGUGUGGGCUUCAUGUGCACCGGCCUGGUGCUGUGGGUGUUGGUCCGGCACAAUGACACGCCGCUGGUGAAGGCGUCGGGUCGAGAGUUGUGCUACAUCCUCCUCCUGGGCGUCUUCAUGUCGUACGCCAUGACCUUCCUCUUCCUGGCCAAGCCGUCGCCGGCCAUCUGCGCCCUGCGUCGCCUCGGCCUGGGCACGUCCUUCGCCGUCUGCUACUCUGCGCUGCUCACCAAGACCAACCGCAUCGCCAGGAUCUUCGGCGGUGUCAAGGAUGGAGCAGGCGUGGCCAGGCCGCGCUUCAUCAGCCCGUCCUCUCAGGUCUUCAUCUGCCUGAGCCUGAUUUCGGUGCAGUUGGUAAUGGUGUCCGUGUGGCUGCUGCUGGAGGUUCCGGGCACGCGGCGCUUCACGCUGCCGGAGCGCCGGCAGACGGUCAUCCUCAAGUGCAACGUGCGCGACGCCAGCAUGCUGCUGUCCCUCAGCUACGACGUACUCUUGGUCAUCCUGUGUACGAUAUAUGCCUUCAAGACCAGAAAGUGCCCCGAGAACUUCAACGAGGCAAAGUUUAUUGGCUUCACCAUGUACACCACCUGCAUCAUUUGGCUGGCCUUUCUGCCCAUCUUCUAUGUCACCUCCAGUGACUACAGGGUCCAGACGACCACCAUGUGCAUCUCGGUGAGCUUGAGCGGGUUCGUGGUGCUGGGCUGCAUGUUCGCCCCCAAGGUUCACAUCAUCAUGUUCCAGCCCCAGAAGAACGUCACCAGUCACAGGCUCAACCUCAACCGCUUCAGCGUCAGCGGGACGGCAGUCGCCUCCUACGCCGCUCACGCUUCCGUCAGCACCCACUACGUCCCGAGCGUGUGCAACGGCAGAGAGAUCGUCGACUCCACCACUUCUUCUCUGUGACCGCGCAGCCCAGCCGACCCCGCCCUGCGACUGUUAGCCACGCCCACACAGGCCCUAGCAGCCAAUGAGGUUUCAUUGGCUCACCUAAUGUUGCGGCCUCUGUAACUUUCCCGUCUGAGCAGUGUAGGAAGUGUGUAACUAUAAUUAAAUUAUUUUCUAAAAGGCUUGUACAUAUGUGGAAUGGACAUUGUUGUAAGUAGACCAUCAAAGAAGACACACACACACACACACACAAUCAUUUUUAGGAGGAACUUUUGGGGCCUUUUGUUUUUUGAUAGCUUUGUUAUUCUGAUGUAAAUAGAUUCAGGACGGUGGGAAGGAAGCGGACGCUUGCAAUACCCCACUGACUUUGUAUUAAUGUUAUGAUGAUUAUUCUCAUGGUCUUUUUGUAGGUUCUCGUUGUAAUAAUGAUAAUAAUACUCCAAUGUAUGCAUUUCUAAUGUGUACCUUUUUGUGUAGUAUGGCCGACGGUUGAAACAGCACAAUGUGUGGACAGUAUUUGGGCAAGACUGAAUGUGAGCGUGAUGGACAACAUGUACAAAAAACAAAUACAUCACAUGUAUGUCUUUAUGAAUUUUGUUGCAUUUGACACUUUUUUUUUUUUUUUUUUUUUUUUGCAAAAGAAAAAAUAGUUUUAGAAUCCCUUUAUUCAAAUGGCCAUAGUUAAACACGUGCUCAACCAAGCAAUAGAAAUAGUCGAAAUGGAAAUGAAAAGACAAUUCUGGGAAAUAAAAGAAAUUUGCGCAUCUUAUGUGAAUAUUAUGACAAAAGAGUAGAAACACUACGAGAAUGAUGUUGACGUAUUAAAAGCGAAGUCUUAAUCACAUAUGGACAUAAAGCCAAGGUAUGAGGAAAACAAAUCUUAAUUUCACAAAAAUAAAGUGAUGACAUGAUGAGAAUAUUACGACAACAAAUUGUGAAUAUUACAAAAAUAAAGUUUAAAUAUUAUAAGAAAAUGUCCUAACCACAUUACGACAAUAAAGUAAAAAAAAUAUAUAUGUGGGAAAAAAAACAUUUCAAUUUUAUGAAAAUAAACUGGUGAGGUUUUGAGAAUAAAAUCUAAAAUCAGUCUAUAAAUUAUAACAAUAAAGUUGACAUAUAAAGACUCACAUGAAGACAAUAAAACCUAAAUAUCAGGAGAAGAAAAUCUACAUUUUAUGGAGUGGUGAGAUUUUGAAAAUAUGAGAGUAAAGAAGUUGAAAUAAUAAGGGAAUAAGUUGAAACUAUUACAAGAAAAAAGACUGACAGUCAAAAUACUAAGAGUAAAAAAAUCUUAAUUUUCCAAAAAUAAACGAAGUAAUUGUAAAAACAUCAGGAUGAGAAUGAAGUCAAAAUACUACAAGCAAAAAAAGUCCCAAUAAACCUCUAAUCGCAUAACGACAAUAAAGUCAAAUUUUACGAGAGCAAACAUUUUAUGAAAAUAAACUGGUCAGAUUAUGAGAAUUUUAUAGUUAUUAUUAUUAUGGUCAGAUUAUGAGAAUAUUAUGACAAAAGAGUGCAAAUAUCACAAUCGAAAAGUGGUAAUGUUAUUUAGCGUACUCAAUGACUUUUACGAAGAAAAAACUCAAAGCAUCAUGAGACAAAACUCUUAAUGUAAAAAAAUUAAAUCAUCAUUUAGACUUUACUAAAGUAAAGUCGAAAUAUUGCAAUGGAAAAUCACAUCAAUAACCGUGAUAUGAAAAAAUGAAAAAUAUUACAAGAUUGUCACAAGAAUAAAGGCAUCUAAAUCUUAAUUUUAUUCAAAUAAAGCUGACAUUUGAAGACUAAAAUAGACUUAAUAUGACAAAAAGAUGGAAUGUUGUGAAGUCGUAAUGUUACAAAAAUAAUUGUAGUUGCAUUAUGACAGUCAAAAUAUUUAAUGCUCUGAAACUAGUUAUAAUAUUAUGAUACAAAAGUCUUAAUAUUACCAGAGUACUGUAUUUGUAAAACCCCCAAAAAUCCAAAUGUUAUAAAAAAUAAAGUUGUUCUUUGAGAACAAAGUAGUAAUAUUACACCCAAAAAAAGGAAAAAUAUUAGACAAUAGUAGCAAUAUUAAUAGAUUAAGGUAAUAAUAUGAGAAAAAGUAAACACUGUAUAACCAGGAAAAAAAUGUAUUAAGAGAAAAAAGUAAUAAGAAAAAAAGUACUACAAAAAUGAAAUAUAACAAGAAUGUUAAUUUAAUUAUAUAUAAAGUUAUAAUGUUACGAGAAAAGUUUAUCAUAAGAAUAACAAUGUAAUCCAUCUCAACAAUAAGUACUGUUGUAAUAUUAUGAGUUGUUAAAAUUUUUUAUUUUUUUUUUAAAUCGAAAUGUUAUGGAACGAAAUUGGGAUAUGAGGAAUAAGUAGUAAUAUUACAAUGAAUAAAGUCGAACUAUUAUUAGAAAAUAGUAAAAAUAUUAGGAGAAUAGACAUAAUAUUAAGAACAAAAUUAAUAUUACCUGAUUUUUUUCAUCUGGUGAAAAUGUAAUAUUAAUAGAAUAAAGUCUAAAUAUCAUGCGACACAAUUGAUGUCAUAAUACUAACCUUUGUAAAAGUGCACUUUGAUAACAAGCAAGUAAAGCAAAAUAAAAUAAAUUGAGCCUAUGAGAACUAGA